GAAGUAUUUUUAUUAUGGAGAAAAUAGCCAUAGAAUUCAAUUCGGUUGCAAUUGUUCUGAGUGAAAAGAAAUUAUUUUAUAAAAAUAAUAAAGAGAAGUUAUAUCAAAAUUAUAUUUUAAAGUGAAUAGUAGGUGUUUAAAAAGCAAUAGACAAGAAAUUGACAUGGAAAACGCCUCAGAAACAGAUGGUGCGAAAUCGAAAGAAGAUAAUAUUCUUAUGGAGAAAUCAAUUGAAAAGACUUUAUCCAGUGAUUUAAAAGAAACGCGUUCUGUUAAAACAAAUGAGUAUGAACUUUCACCAAAACAACUCCUUGCUGGACAAAAACAACAACAACAAAAAGCAAAACGUAAACAUCGACGUGGAAAACCCAGAUGUAAAGAUCCAUGUAAACCCUACAAGGCCGCUAAUCGGAAUUUUCAUUUACCCAAUCAACAUUAUGGUAAAUUUGUAAAAAGGGAUAAAUCAGGCGUAGCCAAUAGUAAUGGUCUUGGCGGAAGUAACAGGAAUGGCGCACGUGCAAAAUUUACACGCUCUCGUUCAUUGGUACCCUAUAAUACAAACAAGUUUUUAAUGGAAGAGCAUAUGGCUGAAAUUCCGAGUACAUUAUUAACCCCUUCUGGACGUACACGUGACUCAAGUUUUUCAGCUGAUUCAGAGGAUAAUUAUUUUAUAUCUUUGCCGGAAGAUGAAGAGGAGUUCCUUACCAAGGAGUUCGCUAAUGUAUAUGAAAAGGCACGCGUUGAACGUUUAGAAAACUUAACAAAACAGCAGUUAAUUGAGGAAUGUCUACAAAUUGAAGAUCGUUAUGCUCGGCAACAACAGCAAAAUGUACAACGUAUAUCUGCUGAAUAUAUGUCUAAAAUAAAGGUGCUCGAAGAGAAAAUCACUGAAUUAUCACGAGAAAAUUACAAUUUACGUUGUCAGUUAUUACCGUCAGGUGCAAUAGGAGCUGCUGCAGCUGCUUCACCGCCUUCGGCUACAGCACCUUCAGUUGAAGCAUGUCAACCAACCCCUAUGGAUUCAACUAGCGAAGACAGUGAAAGCGAUAGUUCGAGUACGAGCUCUUCCAGUUCCUCAUCUAGUGAGGAUAAAGACAUGCGUCAAAGACGACGUCGUCGUAGCUGCUCAUCUCAUAGCUCGCUGAGCGAAUAUAACGCUUUUAUUGAGAAUAACUAUAUGGGCAAUGGCGUAGAUGCAACUAAUGAAGAAAUUAAUAUUGAUCGCGCGCAAUUGCUACAAAUACGCAUGGAAGAAGACUCAAAUCAAAGUGUUGAAGAAAUAAUUGUUCCAAGUGGGCAAGAUGUUACUCAAGAACCACAAUUAAUAACUGAUAAUUUGAUUAUUACUGAAUUGCAAACAGAUCCCAUAAAGGAAGAAGAAACGCCAAAUCUUGUUCAAAGCUGUGGUGAAAUUACGGGAGAUUUGGAGAAGAAGUAAGGUAGCGCACCUGGUUUUUUUUUGUUUAUUUUAGUUGAUUAUAUCUUUUUCGAGACAAAUAUUUUGCUUUUUUUUUCUGUGAAACAGAUCAUUGUAAGUCAUUUUAAGAUUUUUUUGAUCAACAAU